AUGAAGAUUUCUAUUCCUUCUUUCAAUGCCUUGUUGGCCUUGACGGCCCUAACUGGUAACGUUUGUGACGCAGCAUUCUUGAGACCAACUGCAGACGAGAAUGCUGAACACAGCAACUUUAAUCGCAAUCUGCAAACACUUCCACCAAGUGUUGCGCAACAGAUUGGCAUCAUUGGUGCUAGUAUCGCUGCACUAGAUCCUGCUCUUGCAAUCUACGAAACCCCAAUCCAGGCUCGAUUCACUAACUACUACACGAGCAUGUGGUGGAAUUGCAUUGCCAUCUAUUCUUCGGAUUUCAAGGAUUCGUUGACAGGGGCUAGACCAGCCAUUGUUGUCCAAGAUGAAAAUCUCUAUCUCACUCAGAACCGCGCAUUGUGUGCCACACAGGCUACAGCUACCUACACCUUUUUGUCUGUUCCAGGAGCUCUUGAAGCCUACACCAACACGAUGAGCGCCAUUGGCGUUCCAGUCGUUGAUGGAAUUGAUGCUGAUCUUGCGGCCUGUGCUGCGAAAGAUACCGCAUGCUAUCAAUCCGUUGCAGCUGCCAAGGGUUUCACGACCGAAAUCAUGGGAAUGGUUGUUGCCAAACAAACCUACGACUAUGCCAUUAACGAUGGAUUUAAUGAGCUUGGAACAGAUGAUGGCUGCGUCGUCAACUGUCGUCCUUUCCGUGAUAGCACUGGCUACACUCCAAAGGUCUCUCCUUACGGCAAAAGCCCUAAAGGGAUCAAGUUCGCCGAAGCCUGGAAACCCCUACUGGAAGACAACGGUUCUGGAUUUUUCUAUUACCAGCAACACGUUACCCCUCACAUUGGUGAAAAGGCCAAGUUUGCAACCGCAAUGCCUGAAGAAGACCGCACUACUCGUGUAGCUCGAGCACCGACCUAUUCUGGAAGUCGUCAGGCGGAAGCCAUUGAAGUCAUUGCGAACAUGGCUGAAUUGGACGACGUCAAGAAGAUUCAAGUGGAAGUUUUCGACAACAAGCUUUUGGUGGCCAUUGCCGUUUUGAAUUCUUUUGUGGGUAAGCUUCUCUCCAAUGGCUAUCAAGACACAGAACUCUCGCAACCAGGUAUCGUCCUCAGUUACGAGCGCUUCAUCCAUUUUGUCAAUGGAUUCACAGCUACCGAACGCGAUACUGUUAUCAUCGCAUGGAAGGAAAAGGUCAACUAUGACCUUAUCCGACCUACUUCCGUGAUCAAGGAUCUAGGGGAUCAGUUGAUCACUACAUGGGCUCCAGGUGGAAUCCAAACCUUCCCUGCCAAAGACUUUGAAGCUUACAAGCGUGUGAUGCCCCACUCGGAAUACGUAUCUGGGUCCGCCUGUAUCUUUGAAGGUAUCAAGGACUAUGUCACAGGGUACAUGACUAUGAUAGGGCUGGACCCGACUUUUCCCGUUGCCUUUGACCCUAUUCCAGCUGGAAGCAGUAAUGUAGAGCCUGGACUCGUUCCCGCCAGCGAACUCACUCUUGUGUAUCCCGAUAUUGAAACCAUGGCCGAAGCAGGAAGCCAAUCUCGACUUGAUGGGGGAAUGCACUUUGGAGACAGUGUUCCAGCAGCUCUCGAAUUGUGCGCUGGUAUUGGAACCUUUGGUGUUGACCACGUUGCCAACUUGCUUGCGGAAUCUGCCGCAUAG